AUUCAUGACGGAUGCGGCGCGUCGGGAGCAGGAGACCUUGAAGAAGCGGGCCACGCCCAAACUUUCCCUGUCAAUCACAGGGGGUGUGUCUCGAAACAGCGUGGCCACGCCUCCACGCCACAGUAACGGCAACCUGACUCCUCCCGUGACUCCACCCAUCACACCCUCCUCCUCCUUCCGUAGCAGCACACCCACAGGCAGUGAGUAUGAUGAUGAGGAGGUGGACUAUGAGGAGUCAGACAGUGAUGAGUCCUGGACCACAGAGAGUGCCAUCAGCUCGGAGUCUAUCCUCAGCUCCAUGUGUAUGAAUGGAGGGGAGGAGAAACCCUUCGCCUGCCCUGUGCCUGGCUGCAAGAAGAGAUACAAGAAUGUGAACGGUAUUAAAUACCAUGCCAAGAACGGCCACCGGACACAGAUCCGUGUGCGGAAGCCCUUCAAGUGCCGCUGUGGGAAGAGCUACAAGACGUCCAGGGGCCUGAGAACACACAUCAACUUCCACCCGGCCCGUCUCUGCCGACAUCAUCCGCAAGAUGCAUGGGCUAGAGACGAUCGUCGUGCAAACCCCUGGUCACCCCCCAAACAUUACCUAUUCCUCACCAGCACUACCCACCCAACCCAACACCCCAAACCUUUUAAUCGUCAAUAUCCACCUCACCUCUCCCAACCCAAAACUACCCUAUUCCUUCAGGCCCAACAUAGGGGUGACAACCCAAACCCCUAUCCCUUCUGGCCCACAUAG